AUGUCUCCUCCCAAGAUCCCUUAUCUCGCUUUAUCUGCUCUUUUGAACGCUGCUCUGAUAUAUGCUGCGCCCGAUCCAUGCGUGCCAGACACCUUCACCUUCCCCGAUAUCCUGGGCACAAAACACAUAUUGACUACAGCGUCAAAGGUGGAAGGUUACACUGGCUUUUCGAAAUGGAAACCGGAAUCAACCGAGAUUGGCCCUGAAGGCGUCAGUUUCUGCAAUGUCACAGUCACGUACUCUCAUCCAGGCGACCAGGAUGUCAUUCAUACCCAUGUAUGGCUGCCCCUUUCUGGCUACAACAACCGCUUCGUCGGCGUUGGAGGCGGAGGCUGGAUUACCGGAGAAAUUGGCGACGACGCCAUGUCGGCUCUCACAUACAAGGGCUACGCAACAGCGGCUACCGAAGGUGGCUAUACACAUGACCCCUUCUCGACUGCAGAUGCUUGGCUGAUGCCAAACCCCGGAAACGUCAACCAGACACUUCUCACCAACUUUGCCAACCGUGCCGUGCACGAGGCGGCUAUCAUCGGCAAGCAUAUUGCUAAAGACUACUAUCAGGAGUCUCCCGCCUUUUCAUACUGGUCUGGGUGCUCCACCGGUGGUCGUCAGGGCAUCACCAGCGCUCUGUUACACCCCGACGAUUUCGAUGGCAUCUUGGCCAGUUGCCCAGGUGUCGAGUUCCCAUCACUGUUGCUGGCUUUGUACUGGCCGCAAUUCGUCAUGAAUCAGCUAGGAGCAUACCCAGAUGCUUGCCAAUUCGAGGCCUUGAGGGCCGCUGCCAUUGAGGAAUGCGACAAGUUGGAUGGAGUGAAGGAUGGCAUCAUCUCUCGAGAUGAUCUCUGCAAGUUCGACCCAGGCAGUGUUGUCGGCAAAGAAUUUGAAUCUCAAGGGGCCAAGUGCAAGGUUUCAAAGGAGGCGGCCGAAGUAUUGAAGGCCAUGUUUGAAGGACCCAAGGAUGCAGAGGGACAGAGUCUUUUUGCUGGAUCAACACCAGGCACCGCGGCGGUUGGCAUGAUGGCACUCGCCAAUACCCUCUGCCAAGAUGGAAAAUGCACCGAUGGAAUCCCAUUUACGAUUGCGACUGACUGGAUCCGACUGCUUGUCAAGAAGGACCCGUCCUUUGACUCCAAGACCCUCUCGUCUGAGCAGUUCUCGCAGCUGUUUCACGACAGUAAGCGCGAUUACGACGGCAUGUUUGGCGCCGGUGACCGAGAUUUCCAGCGGUUCCGUAAGGCCAACAAGAAGAUGAUUACAUGGCACGGAACCAGCGACGAAGCUAUUACCAUCAAUGCCAUGAGGCGAUUCUAUGACGGCGUGACUGCCCUGGACAAGAGCCGAGGUGUCGACACGGCUUCUUACUACCGUUUCUUUGAGGUUCCUGGAGGAACCCACUGUUCGGCGCCAGCGGGAGUCGCGCACCCUCUGCAUGCUCUCGAUUCCCUGCGACGUUGGGUGGAGGAUGGAGUUGCACCCGAGACCCUUGAAACCACGCUCAUCGGCCAGGAUAACGAGGGAGGCAAGGAGCAGAACCCUCUUUGCCCUUACCCACUUACGGGGUCUAAGAAGGCCGGCAAGUUUACUUGUGUUAAACGCAAGAACCAGGUUGGUAGGGAUGAGUUAUAA